AGUGUCCGGAAAGUAUACCGGGGACGCUAGGCGGUCCCAAGAAUGGCGGGAAUGGGAAAAGAAAACCAGCUGGCCUACAGGAGCUACAACAGCUUGAAUAAUGAGGGAAGACUGAGAGAGAGAAAUAGAAGAAAAAAGACAAUGGAGGAAAGACAAGAGUAUGGUUCCAAUCAAGCUAGGAUUAAGGACUUGUGCCCCAAUGAUAAAGCAAGGAUAAAGCAACUUGUGGAGGACUUGGCUCGCCUUGGAACAGAGAAGGAGCAGAUUGAAUUUGACUGGAAGCAAGAGAGAAGUGACUUGGAAGGAAAGUUGUCUCUACUCCGGAAGAGACAGGCUCUGCUGUUGAGGGAGAAAUCUGCUCUUGAAGAGAACUUGAAAGACACUCAGAAGUCACUCAAAGCAACCAAAAAGAACAAAAAGGACUCAUCCACGUCACCCCUCCUCCAAAGAGUACCUGGUAGAACACUCAUCAUUCCUAAUAAUAAUAGCAAUAAUGAGACGACCAACCUUUGCUAUAGCACUCCUCCUGGUUUCAUUCAGUGCCAACCUUCAUAUACACAGCAAUGGACACUGCCCUCCACCAGUCUACCUCCUUCUAAAAUACCCCAUCAACCUCAUAUUAACAGUCAGCAGUGUUAUCCUCCUCCUACAAUCAAUCAUUAUCAGCCUCAGUCUCUUCCAUAUCCUUCUCUCCACCCUUCUUACUCUACUGGUCAUUUCAAUCAUCUUUAUGAUCACCCCCAGCCUGCUCCAGUUCCACUUCCUACUAUAACCCAAACACAUCAUGUACCAAAUGCCUACCAUCAUCUUCCAGCAACUCAGGACCAGAUAAACUCUUAUAAUAUACCUUUAUCUCACCAUCACUCUUACCCCUCUCACCCAGUGACCCACCCUACCAUCCCUGUCACCACUUACCCUUCUAGCCCUUAUCCUCCUCUUCAUCCUCCUCCAUCUUCUAAUCCUGUUUCCUCUGUCUCUCUCUCUGUCUCCCUCUCUUCUCUUCCCACGUCUCUCUCCUAUCAAUCCUCAGAGAGGUCACAUGUCUCCACCCCUCUCCCUCAAUAUCCUCCCCCCCAGGCCAACAGUACCUCGAUACUAAAUACUGAUACCUGGUGCUCACUCCAAGAGGCCGACCCACCUCAUAAUAACUUGAUCAGUCAAUUGGAAGAAACCCCACGAAAAGACGUCUCCAUUCAAACCAUCAGUCACUUAGAGACCCAGGGUUCUUCAAGAACUGCCGAGAGGAUUUGUAAUGAGAAAGACGAGGAAGAGGUUUUGAGUAUAUUAUUAAACAGCGAGACACUGGCCACAUCACUUAUACUAAUGUCAGAGGGAGGGAGAGGGGAAAGGAGAGAGGAGGGGAUGUCUUCUCCUUGUCCUUCCCUGCCCUCACUGCCUUCUGCUUCUAACUGGUCAAGAAAUGAAGACAUCUUUGUUGGGAGCAAUGAUGAAAGUGAUAGAGAACUCAUCGAGGAUUUAUUUUAUAUGUAAAACAGGAAAAUUAUUAUUAUAUUAUAUAUACAUAGGUUUUUAUAACAUAUUCUAUAUAGUAUGCUGCUAUUUUAUCAUUA